AGAGAGACAGACAGACACACAGACAGAGAGACACACAGAGACACACUGACAGAGAGACACACAGACAGACAGACAGAGAGACAGACAGACAGACACAGAGAGACAGACAGACAGACACACACAGACAGACAGACAGAGAGACAGACAGACAGACACAGAGAGACAGACAGACACACACAGACAGACAGAGAGACAGACAGACAGAGACAGAGAGACAGACAGACAGACACACACAGACACACAGACAGACACAGGGAUUGGGGUUUGUGGGGGGUUUAAAGGCGGACAAUGGGAUCCUCCAAGAAGCACCGGGAGAGGGAGAGGGAGAGGGGCUCAGGGGGUGGGGAGGAGUCGGCCCGCCACAAGAAGCACAAACACAAGGAGCGCAAGCAGCGCGGGGGCAGCCGGGAGAGGGAGGGCCGCCGUCACCGGGACAGGGACCGCGAGCGGGACAAGAGACCCCUCCCCGCACCAGCCGCCGACGCCCAGCCAGAACGGCACCCCAAGAGGGAGAAGACCGAGGAGGCAGCUCCAGGGACAAAGUCUGGUGCUGCGAGCGCCUCCUUGAGCAUCGAAGAAACAAACAAGCUGAGAGCCAAGCUCGGGCUCAAACCCCUGGAAGUAAAUGAUUCGAAAAAGACUGAGACCGGGACAAAUGAGGACCCAGUUGUGGUCCCAGCCAUUAACCCCAUCGCCAUGAAGCAGCAGGAGGACAUUCGGGUGAAGCUUGCUGCCCUGAAGGAGAAACGUCUCCUGAAUCAGAAGCUAGGGAAAGUGAAGUCUCUCAGCGACGAUGACGCUUGGCUUGAUGAUGCCAUGGCUUGGGUGGAGAAGAGCAGGAAACUGCAGAGGGAGAAGGAGAUGGCCGAAAAGAGGGCGAAGCUGCUUGAAGAAAUGGACGAAGAGUUUGGCGUCAGUGACCUCAUUGAGGAGGAACUACAAACCAAGAAACAGUUGGCCUACACGUCCCGGGACCUGAAAGGACUGACCGUCCAGCAUGAUAUUGAAGCCUUCACGGAAGGAGAGUCGGUCGUGUUGACCCUGAAGGACAAAGGGGUCCUGGACGAGGAGGAUGAUGUCCUGGUCAACGUCAACAUCCUCGAUAAGGAGCGAGCCGACAAGAACGUGGAACACAGGAAGAAGAAGCCCGACUACAAACCCUACGAGGAGGAGGAGAGCGUUGAUGACAUGGCAGUGUUUAAAGGGAAGUCCAUCCUGUCGAAGUACGACGAGGAGAUCGACGGGGAGAAGAAGAAAUCCUUUAGGCUGGAAGCUGGGGGGACCGCCGAUGGAUCGUGGGAGCGGGAGCUGCAGCAGAUCCGCGAGACCCUGCGCAACCAGGCGCAGACCCUCGACAUGCCGCAGCUGAAGUUGGCUUCAGAAUUCUACACUGAGGAGGAGAUGGUUACGUUCAAGAAAACCAAGAGGAGAGUGAAGAAAAUUCGGAAGAAGGAAACGCUGCUGAAAGCUGAUGACCUCCUCGCCCAGGGGCACGAGAGCACAGUUGUUGAUUACGGGUCCAGGGAACGUGGCCGAGGCUGGAAAUUCAACAGCGAGUCGGAGGCUGGAGGCGACACGGGGCAGGCAGAGGCAGCGGCGGCCCCAGAGGUACAUUCCGUGUCCGACGACAUGCGUGUGGAAAACAUGGAUAUCAGUGACGAUGAAGCCCGAGCCCCUGACACCCCCGUGGCCAUUGAGGAGGACGAGGCCGAGAUGGAGCUGCAGAAACAGCUGGAGAAGCAGCGGCGGCUGCGACAAAUGCACAAGCAGGCGUCCGACAAGGUUGUCGACAUCGCAAAGAAGCUGAAAUCCGAACGGAAGGACGAGGAUGCGGAUGAGUUGGAAAGAAAGGGGCUCAUAGUCUUCAACGCCACGUCGGAAUUCUGCCGGACCCUUGGAGAAAUCCCAACCUACGGGCUGGCUGGCAACCGGGAGGAGCAGGAGGAGCUACUCGAUUUUGAAGUGGAGAAUAAGGAGUUGUCAGAUGACGAGAUAGAGAUGGACCGAGACGAGACAGUGGGCUGGAGUACGGUGAAUCUGGACGAGGAGAAGAAGCAGCCGGAGUUCUUAGCCACGUCCACCACGAUCCUGGAUGAGGAGCCCAUUGUGAACUGCGGGCUGGCAGCUGCUCUGCAUCUCUGCAGGAACAAAGGUCUCCUCGAUACCACAAUGCAGAAAGUCGCCCGAGUGCGUUCCUCAGUGAAGACUCUCCCAUCAACAGUUUACGCCAUCGAGGACAAGAUGUUGAUAGACGACAAGUACAGUCGGAGAGAGGAAUAUCGUGGCUUCACACAGGAGUUUAAGGAGAAGGAAGCUUACCGGCCUGAUGUGAAGAUAGAUUACGUGGAUGAAUCUGGAAGGAGACUGACCCCGAAAGAGGCGUUCAGACAGUUGUCGCACCGGUUCCACGGAAAAGGAUCGGGCAAAAUGAAGACAGAAAAACGCAUGAAGAAACUGGAAGAGGAGCACCUGCUGAGAAAAAUGAGUUCAAGCGAUACGCCGUUGGGAACCGUGGCCCUCCUGCAGGAGAAGCAGAAAGCACAGAAAACUCCUUACAUCGUCCUCAGCGGGAGUGGCAAGAGCAUGAAUGUAAACACGAUAACGAAAUAAGACUUGUUGACCCAAGGACCGGACUUUGGCACCGAUGUGAGGGGGGGGGAAUUUAUUUUAUGGGAGGGGAAUGAAAUGGAGAGAUUUGGUCACUGGCUAGAUUUUGCUGUUUUAUUUACUGUCUGGA